UUUAGAUAAAAGCUAACCUAAAAAAUUAAUUAUUUUUAUUCAAAUUAAUUUAUUAAUUAUGCAAUUUGAGACUUUCAUGCAAUCAGUAUGAAAACAUUUUAGAUGCUUGUUGUUUAUAAUGUUGCCAUGGUAAAUCAAAAUGCUUAGAGAAGUAACAGCUCACUGCACAAAAAGAACAAAAAUAAAAGAAAAAAAAGGGAAAAAAGGAGAAAAAAAGGUAAAGGGGGAGGAAAGGGAAGUAACUACUACUACCCGAUCACAUGACUACUUUAUGACAUCACUGCAUCAUCACAUCCUCUUAGGUUCCGCAGACACAGCUCAACUCAUUAGUGACCAGCCACUGGUGAGACACGCAUCAUUCUCGAUCUUCUCUCCGACACGCAAGAAUCUCUUUGUGCAACGCAAGAAUUUAUUCUGAGACUGAGACAUUCAACAAAAGUCUGAAAUAAUGCUUCAUCAACAGCGAAUGACUCCAUCUGGGACAGUCCAGCAGAAAAAUUCUGGCUGUAAUCAACAAAAAAACAUAUCUUUUCUCAAGAUGAAGAUAAAAGAUUUGGAAUCUCAGUUGUCAAUCAUGGAUGAAUUGUUCAGCGCUGAGAAGGAAAGAAGAAAAGCGGCGGAAAAAGAAAGCAAGUCCUUCAAAACUGAAAUUAAUCGCCUAGAACAAGAUCUGGAUUUCUACCAAAGUACAACAGAAACCCAGGAAAAAUCCAUCCAGACGUUGAAGGAACAGCUUGAAGAAAAAGACGUUUUGUUUGCAGAUCUGCAAAAACGUUUUAGCCAGGAAUCAGAGAACAGACUCCUGUUAGAACAGGAGAGAAGGCAGAACGAAGAGUCGGCCAACAAAUUAAAGACGGAAAUUGAUCAGCUGAAACAAGGACGGGAUCAUUACCAGCUUACAGCUGAAACCUGUCAAAAAGCUAUCAAGGAUUUACAAAUCCAGCUUCAAGAGAAGGACACUUUGUGUGAAACUCUGCUAAACCAAUUACAAGAGCAGCAGAACCAAGCCACCGUCCACAAAGAGAAGUUGGCAGGUGUCACACAUCAGCUGGAGAGAAAAUCCCUUCUCUGUGAGGAUCUAACAUCUAAAUUUGACAAGGAACAGCAGCUGAGACAUGACUGUGAAGCAGAACUAGACAAAACCAGAGUUCUGAUCACCGAGAAUUCAGAUCUGAAGCAGGAGAUCCAGGAUUUGACAGACAGGAACUCUGAACUCAGAGAUUUGAUGGAAAAAAGCAACUCUGAGAAAGUCAGUUCAGAAAUGACUUUUAUUCGAGAUCUGCAAAAACUAGAAGAGCAGCUUGGGAAAGAGACGGAGAUUAGACAGAGUUUAGAGUCCGAGCUGGUCCAAAGUAAGGAGACAGCCAGACUAAACGAAGAACUCGUCUCCAAGCUGAGAACAAUGCAGGAAACCGAGACAAACCUCCAAUCCAUAAUUGUUAACCUUCAGCUGGAUCAGAUACAGGCUAAGGAGAAACAUGAAACAGAUUUAGAAAUCCUCAACCAGCAACUUCAUCGUCUAAGCUGUGAGUUUCAACCCUGUCCUGAGACGUCUGUGGGGACCGAUCUGAUGUUGGGACUGGAACAAGAUUCAGAAAAUCCCGACUACAGCUGUCAGACGGAAACAGAAGUUUGUUCUCCUACUGAAAUCUGCGCAGAAACGCCAGAAGCCAUCAGGUGUCUCCACACAGAUGACACGUCACUCGAUGACGACCUCAGCUACCUAGAAGACGCUCCACAAACUGUCACACGCCUGGAGAAAAUUUCUAUGUGGAGGCGUUUUAAGAAGUUUAUGACUCCAACGUGUUUACGAAAACACAAAAACAAGUCAUAAAUAAGACAUGGGACAUAUUAGCUUUAGCAUAUUUAAGGGACCUGACUACAGGCACAAACGUUACAUCAAAACGACCGGCUCA